ACCACGGCCAUUUGGGGGGCCACAACUCGAUCAAUUGCAAAACUGCGACCGCCGCUGCUCCGAUUCCAGCUACGCAUGAUGCAUGGUCCGCUGAUUGCAGCCCUGCCCCGAGUCCCUUGCUGACGCAGCCCCUCGAUCACAGGUCAAGCCGCGCGUCAACAAGGCGCAGACCGGCGUCGAGACGGCCGGCGUCAAGCACAGCAUGAAUCCGUUCGACGAGCUCUCUGUCGAGGAGAGCGUGCGGAUCCGCGAGCGGAAGAGCGCCCCCGGCGGCGUCGAGGACAUCUGCGUGCUCAGCGCCGGGCCGCCCAAGGCGCAGGACGUCCUGCGCACGGCCAUGGCCAUGGGCGCCGACCGCGCCAUCCACGUCGAGGUCAAGGAGGGCGAGGACCUGGAGCCGCUGACGGUCGCCAAGCUGCUCAAGGCGGCGGCCGAGCAGCAGAAGAGCAACCUGGUGAUCCUCGGCAAGCAGAGCAUCGACGACGACGCCAACCAGACGGGCCAGAUGCUGGCGGGCCUGCUGGGGUGGCCGCAGGCCACGCAGGCGAGCAAGGUCGAGUUCGGCGAGGGCGACACGGUCAGCGUCACGCGCGAGGUGGACGGCGGCGUCGAGACGGUGCGCGCCAAGCUGCCCAUGGUCAUCACCACGGACCUGCGCCUCAACGAGCCGCGCUACGCGAGCCUGCCCAACAUCAUGAAGGCCAAGAAGAAGCCGCUGGAGAAGAAGACGCUGGCCGACUUUGGCAUCACGGCGGACAAGAGGCUCAAGGUGCUCAAGGUCACGGAGCCACCUGCGAGGCAAGGCGGCGGCAAGGUCGAGGACGUGGAUGGACUUAUUUCCAAGCUCAAGGAGCUCGGCGCUCUCUAGAAAAAUUGUAUACAAGCCGUCGGUCCUCUAUAAACAUGCUUCAUAGAACCAACGGUCUGCCCUCUGCUCGCUCAUGAAUCAGGUACCUAUUGAAUAUCGUGCGAUACCUGCACCCUCAGGGGUCUUGAACCCGGAUUUCCAAGACGCCGCUUCGCAGCGUGGGGUUCUCGAGGCCAAGUUUUGAAAGGCGUCACCCCGCCAUGCAGCCUCUGACGUCCCUCCACUGUUGACUCUCGUCUGCCUUCCUGGUUCCUUCAAUGCUCCUGUGGAAAGGCAAGAACAAAGAUGCCGAAUUUUCAGCAGUCUAGCAUCUUGACCAGACGCUGCCCUCAUCCCUGUCGGGUUUCAG